AUGGAGAUCGACUGGAUAACAUGUGGAAGCAAAUUCCUUCGUGAGUUUGGAAAAGUUAAAUUGAUGGUCAAAUUCCUCAAUCACCUCCAAAAUAACGCCCCUUUUUCACCAGACACUCAAUCUUUACUCUCCUAUACUUUCCAGGCCAUUUUCGAGCUCGCUGUUCGUGAACCCGAUUCAAAUGCUAAUCUCCCCAAGCUUUAUAAAACCUCGAAAGAGUUGGAUUUUCCUCUCAUUGUCAAUGUUGCGUCGUUUCUCCUUUGUGCUCUUGGAAGGGGUAAAUCGGGUGUUUUAUUGAGGUUUGGGCGGGCUGAGGAAGGAGAGAAAGAGGACGGAGGGAGGAGAGAGAUUUUUCAAUACAGAGGCUUUCAAUUUUGGCUUGGGCUUGCAGUUGUGCUUGCAUAUGGCUUGUUUGAUGGUGUCACAUACACCACUUUUUUUGCGCUUGCAUUCCUUGGCUAUGAGAAGAGCACCGUAAAGAAUCCUACAGCCAAUCUUCAAGCGCUUUUGGGGGUAAUUGUAAUUAAGAUUUAA